AUGCUGCUGAAUAUCAUAAAUUCUGAUUAUUUGAAUUGGAUCAGCAGCUCAUAUUCACCUCCCUCAUGGGCAGCUUUAACCGCUGGAUUUUUCGUGAUCCUCACUUUGACCCUCUCUGUUUAUCUGAUAUUCGAGCAUCUCUCUGCCUACAAAAACCCCGAGGAGCAGAAAUUUUUGAUUGGUGUGGUAUUGAUGGUGCCCUGUUAUGCUGUUGAAUCAUUUGUAUCUUUGGUAAACCCAGCAAUUAGUGUUGAUAUUGAGAUCCUGCGUGAUUGCUAUGAAUCCUUUGCCAUGUAUUGCUUCGGGAGAUAUCUCAUUGCGUGUUUAGGUGGAGAAGAAAGGACAAUCGCAUUUAUGAAGAGGGAAGGAUGCAUAAGUGCGAAAACACCCUUAUUAGAUCAUGGGUCUGAAAGGGGAAUUGUAAAGCACCCCUUUCCCAUGAGUCUUAUUUUAAAACCUUGGAAAAUGGAUCAAUGGGUUUACCAAGUUUUCAAGUUUGGUAUUGUUCAAUACAUGAUUAUAAAAGCAGUUACUGCUAUUUUGGCUGUGAUUCUUGAAGCCUUUGGUGUAUAUUGUGAAGGAGAUUUCAAAUGGAAUUGUGGGUACCCUUACAUGGCUGUGGUUUUAAAUUUUAGUCAGUCAUGGGCUUUGUAUUGCUUAGUUCAAUUUUAUACCAUCACAAAAUAUGAAUUAGCACACAUUAAACCGCUAUACAAGUUCUUGACAUUUAAGUCAAUUGUGUUUCUAACUUGGUGGCAAGGUGUGGCUAUAGCCCUUCUCUACGCCCUUGGUUUAUUUAAAAGUCCAAUAGCUCAAGCACUGCAAUUUAAGUCAAGUGUCCAGGACUUCAUCAUCUGUAUUGAGAUGGGCAUUGCUUCUGUGGUUCACCUUUAUGUGUUUCCUGCAAAGCCUUAUGAAUUAAUGGAGGAUCGCUUUUCUGGAAGUGUUUCAGUUCUUGGAGAUUAUGCAUCUGUUGAUUGCCCUCUAGAUCCUGAUGAGGUUAGGGACAGCGAACGUCCCACAAAAUUACGCCUUCCCCAACCUGAUAUUGAUGUUAGGAGUGGAAUGAGCAUCAGAGAAAGUGUGCGAGAUGUCUUCGUCGGCGGGGGUGAAUAUAUUGUAAAUGAUUUGAAGUUUACAGUAACUCAAGCGGUCGAACCCGUGGAGAAAGGAAUCAAUAAGUUCAAUCAGAAAUUGCAUAAGAUCUCUCAGAACAUAAAGAGGCAUGACAAGGGGAAGAGAACAAAGGAUGACAGUUGCAUAGCUACAACUUCACCAACACGCAGAGUGAUCCGAGGAAUAGAUGAUCCUCUCUUAAAUGGCAGUAUCAGUGACAGUGUCAGUUCAAGGAGAAAGAAGCAUCGUCGAAAAUCAGGGUAUACCAGUGCUGAAAGCGGUGGCGAGAGUAGCAGCAGUGAUCAGACCUUUGGCAGUUAUCAAAUUCAUGGCCGUAGAGAGAAUCAGCAGCCCACUUCAAGAUCGGCUGCCAAGAGAUCCUAUAGACACGAUAAAAUUAUAGGCGGCCUUAAUAUCACUGAUGAAGUGUUGAGUCCUGAUUCUGUAGAUAGGCAAUUGAAUGAUCAAAUUUCUUUGGCAAAGGCAUUUCUUGUCAUUGCUAAAGAAAGCAAAAACCUCCAAUUUGCAUGGGAACUUAGUGCUCAAAUUCGCAACUCACAAAUCCUUCUCUCCAAUGCUGCUUUACGAAGAACUCCUUUGACAAGAAGUGAAUCAGAAACUGCAAUUCGUGAUAUGGCACUUUUGCUCUUCCAAGCCCAACAACAACUCCACUAUGACAGCACAACCAUGAUCAUGAGACUGAAAGCAAAGAUCCAGGGUCUUGAAGAACAAAUGAAUUCUGUUAAUGAGAAGAGUUCAAAGUAUGGACAAAUAGCUGCUGAAGAAGUUCCAAAGAGUUUGUAUUGCUUUGGUGUUCGGUUAACAACUGAAUGGUUCAAGAACUCAAAUUUACAGAGGAAACUCAAGGAGAGAAAGCAAACCGCGAUAAAACUAAAAGAUAAUAACCUCUAUCAUUUCUGCAUCUUCUCUGACAACGUCCUUGCAACUUCCGUUGUGGUAAAUUCAACAGCUUGGAAUUCCAAAAAUCCCGAAACUGUGGUGUUCCACCUCGUAACUGAUGAGGUGAAUUAUGCUGCAAUGAAUGCUUGGUUCACUACAAACAGUUUCCAGGGAGUCACUGUGGAUGUUCAAAAGAUAGAAGACUUUAGCUGGUUGAAUGCUUCUUAUGUUCCUGUUCUUAAGCAACUUCAAGACUCGGACACCCAAAACUACUAUUUUUCUGGUAGUGGUGGUGAUAACCAUACUCCAAUCAAGUUCAGGAAUCCUAAGUAUUUAUCUAUGCUUAACCACCUCAGAUUCUAUAUUCCCGAAGUUUUUCCUGCACUGAAGAAAAUAGUUUUUCUUGAUGAUGACGUUGUAGUUCAGAAGGACCUGUCAUCCCUGUUCUCCAUAGAUCUGAAUGGAAAUGUCAAUGGCGCUGUGGAAACAUGCAUGGAGACAUUCCAUAGAUACCACAAGUACUUGAACUACUCUCACCCUCUAAUUCGUGAACAUUUCGAUCCUGAUGCAUGUGGGUGGGCAUUCGGGAUGAAUGUUUUUGACUUAGUCCAUUGGAGGAAAAGGAAUGUCACUGGCAUCUACCACUAUUGGCAGGAAAAGAAUGUGGACAGGACCUUAUGGAAACUUGGCACCCUGCCUCCGGGAUUGUUAACUUUCUAUGGAUUGACAGAGCCUUUAAAUCCCUCGUGGCAUGUGCUAGGUCUUGGAUACACAAAUGUCGAUCCUCAGUUGAUCGAGAAGGGAGCUGUGCUGCAUUUUAAUGGGAACUCGAAACCGUGGUUAAAGAUUGGGAUGGAAAAGUAUAAACCCCUUUGGGAUAAAUAUGUGGAUUAUAGUCGUCCUCUAUUACAGCAGUGCAAUGUUCACUAA